UAAAAAAACAUCAUUUGAAACAUAACUGUAAUUUAAAUAAAUAAAAUAAUAACGAGAAAUUAUAAAUAAAUGAACUAUAUAUAUGUAUAUUUAUAAAAAAAAAAUUAAUUAUUAAUCAGCUAUUAGGUUAUCAGUAAAAUGACCUAAGACACAAAAUUUUAUUUCUACUUCCUGAUAAUAAAUAAUAGAAAUCUAUUGGUCGACAUUUAUUACCAAUUGAAAAUGGCAAGUAAUUAAAGUAAUUCAUGAUAAUUGAUAACUGAUAAUAUUCAAUAAUACUUUUAAAAUAAAGUUAACAAAUGAUAUGAUUGAGUAAUGCUUUGCAAAAUCGUUAGGUUAUAAAAUAGAGCGAAAAUAAAUUGUAGUUUGUUGAUGAAGCAUGACACGGAUGGUAAACGUCACUUAUUGCAACACAACUUUUACUGUAAUUAGUAUCCUGAUAAAUAAAAAGUGAAGAAGAUGGUUAAGAAUGAUGAUAAAUUCAGUAUUGAGGAUGCAAAAGCUGUUAUUGAGAGUGGCAAGAAACAAUCACACAUUAAUUACUCAUUGUUAAUAUUGGAGCAAUGUCUUGACACAUACCAAGUUGAUGAAAUAUUCCUGAGCUUCAAUGGAGGUAAAGAUUGUACGGUGAUGCUUCAUUUGACUGCUGCCUUAUUUAAAUUACGUGGGUUAUCACCGCUGCUGUGUCUUUACGUCACUGAUGAUCCAUUUCCUGAGGUUAUUCAACUCUGUUACAUAAAAAUGAUAAAUGUCCGUUUAUUAAUAAAUUUUAUUUCGUUUCAGAUGGAUGAGUUUGUUGACAAAGCGACUCACUACUAUGAUAUAAAACUGAUAAGGAAAAAAAAACCAAUAAAAUCAGCUGUUGAAUGUCUUUUGGAAGAAAACAAGCAGCUGAAGGCCACGUUGAUGGGCAUUAGGAAAGACGACCCGGGUUCAGAGUCUUUGGAGCCGUUUAAAACCACUGAUGAAGGCUGGCCGAAGAUCAUGAGGGUCAGUCCUAUUCUGGACUGGUCUUACAGCCAGAUUUGGGAGUUUAUUUUGAAGCACAAGGUUCCUUAUUGCUCGCUGUAUGACCAAGGGUACACCAGUCUCGGUCACAGGACGACUACAUCUCCAAAUCCUUUGCUACGUGACCCUGAUAAUCCUGCUCGUUAUCUUCCUGCUUACACACUCAAAGACAGUUCUACUGAGAGAAAUGGAAGACAAUAACGAAUUAAUAGUCCAAUUAUUAAUCAAUUCACUGUUGAAUAAUUGAAUUUAUUUAUUUAUUUAAUUGCGCACUGUCCUUUUAUCAACUACUUUGUUAAGAUCUGAUGUGUUACUUAAUCAAUUAUGCUAAAUAAAAGUGUAUUUUUUACUUAAUUAAAAAAAAUCUUAAA